GUUCGCGACGUGUGGAAAAGCAGGUCAGCGGUUUGGCUGGCGCUUCAGUCCCCUCGUUGUUAGGGGGUGCAUCCACGAGCGACGGGUGGGACUGGGCGGGCGUUAUGGGAGUGUGUAGACGAUGCAUAUGCUGGCUUGACUAUCGUGAUUUGAGAAGUGAGUGACACCACAUGAACGGCGGCCCUACUUUGCUCAUCAUCAUACAUCCAGCGCAUAACGUGUGUAUUUCCGAUUGCGCGUCUUCACUUUCGCUUACGCCUCUCGUCUAGCUUUCAGGCGGCUUCAACGACCCACAGCUCACGGAGGCGGUCCGCAUCGUGCCAAUGCGCCUCCGCGUCGUAUCCUACUCGCCCUCGCCAUCACAGCAUGCCGCAACCAACCGACCAUCCACAUCGCGGGCGAGACAUCGGGCUUGGCGAUGACUGGGCAGCCGUGCAAGCUUAAGGGCGCCGUGCGCGCGCUCGCGGAUGGCAGCAUCCGGUGGACGAUCAUCACUGGCCAACACGACGGCGACCCGGACGAGUGGACGAGCGAGAGCGUGCAGAUUGGGGGAGUGACGUCUGCGUCGAUGGGCGUGCUGGGCAUCUGGACGGGCGCGCAGCACGAGAAAUCGGAUCCCCUAGGU